UCGGAAGCUUUUAAGGUCGACUCAGCUCGCCGGCUUGAUGACGGCCCGCCAUGGGCUUACGGCGUUCCAAGUUACAAGCUGUACAAAAUUUGGCGCGGACUCAGUCUUACUUGAAACCACAUACCACCACCGCGGUAGCGACGCCUCAAUGACUGAAACUAUAUGUGUUUACAGGCAGGGGACUGACUUUAUCCCUCCUCACCCAGGCAGCGAUUGGACUCGCUUCGUCUGUAUCUCAGAUACCCACUCUCGCACCUUUGAGAUACCCACCGGCGACGUUCUGCUGCAUGCUGGUGACUUGAGUAGCUGGGGUAGCCUUUCGCAAUUGAGCAUCACAGUCGAAUGGUUGAAAUCAUUGGAUCACCCCAUGAAAAUUAUGCUCUGUCUUGACGAGAAUUGGGCUCAGCCAAUAUAUGGCCUCCCACCAGAAGAAGUCCACCGAGCACGGACCUAUGUACGGAGUCAAGCAGCGGCAGGUCUGCAUUAUCUUGAACAUCAACCCUUUCGAUUCAUGAUGCCCUCGGGGCGCGAAUGGAAGGUCUAUGGAUCACCAGCUGCUCCAUUAUAUGCUCAAGGAGCAUUUCAGUACGAGACUACAGACGAGGCACGAGUGAUCUACAACCGUAUACCCGAAGACACUGAUAUCCUGAUCACACACACGCCUCCCUUCAUGACUUUGGAUACAACAAGAAAGAGAAAGCAGGCUGGAUGCCACGUCCUGUCGAGCAAAUUAGCCGAACUGAGGAAGUGCCGGCUGCAUGUUUUUGGUCACAUCCAUGAAUGUGCUGGAGCGCAAAUCAGCACUGACUGACCCAUUCAGACUGGUUGACAGAGUGUCCGUGAACGCAGCUAUGGCCAUGACCAAGAAGGCGGUCGUUGUAGACCUACGGAACUGAUGAAACACACUGCAUUACGGAUAUCAUGUACACUUAGUAUAAAUAGGACAAAUCAUGAGAA